AUGGGACAUCCUGUGGCCAUGUUUAACAACGAUCUUUGCUUUUACAUGGACCAUCCUACACUUCGAUCUAUCUGGCUCUCAAAAUUGAGGACAGUUAUGCUUGCCAUCUUGGCGCCGGAAUUGAUCUUCACUAUGGCAGCUGAACAACUCACCGAUAUCAAAAGAUUGAUGAAAGUGUGCAACGCGGCUCAAAAAGAAAGAGAUUGCGAGUCCGCAUAG